CCCCUUGGUAUCCAGUUGCAGUCUGUGGGAACUGGCUACAAAGAAUCAGGAGGCUGCGUUGGGUUUCAUUGUUUUAGCCUGAUACGAACCUGGGGGAUUUUACUACUCAUUUUCUGCCUUAAGUUUCUUGGGGCUUGUUGUGUUCCUCUUGUGCCGGCUUCAGGAUGAUGAAGUUUAGGUUUCGGAGACAGGGGAACGAUCCCCAAAGAGAGAAAAUUAAGCAGGACCUUUUUGCAUUUAAUAAGACUGUUGAACAUGGAUUUCCUAACCAGCCAAGUGCACUUGCCUUUGACCCAAAACUACGGCUGAUGGCAAUAGGAACAAAAUCGGGAGCAGUCAAAGUAUAUGGUUCUCCUGGGGUGGAGUUCACAGGCUUGCACAAAGAAACCGCCACUGUUACUCAGAUGCACUUUUUACCAGGACAGGGCCGACUGCUGUCCUUGUUGGAUGACAACAGCCUCCACUUGUGGGAGAUUAAUGUUAGAGAUGGUUACUCACACCUUGAAGAAUGCCGCAGCUAUAUUCUUCCUGGUCGGCCUGGCUUUGAUAGUGCCAACACUCCAGCCUCCAUGACUCGAGUCACAGUGAUCCUGUUGAAGGAGAUCUGUGAUAUGGCCUGUGUGGGGACAGAAGGUGGAGGAGUGUACUUCUUGGACUUGCCUAGUAUGAUGCUGUUGGAAAAUCAAUCCCUCUUUCAAGAUGAGAUCAUGCAAAGCGUUCCAGAUGAUUAUAAAUGUGGAAAAGCUUUGGGACCAGUUGAGUCGCUACAGGAACAUCCUCUGAGCCCAAACAAGAUUCUGAUUGGUUAUAGCAGAGGCCUCGUAGUUCUGUGGGACCACAGCACCAGAGUAGUGGACAGUCACUUCUUGGGAAAUCAGCAACUGGAAAGCCUCAGUUGGGAACGCAGUGCAAAGAAUUUUGUGAGCUCUCACAGUGAUGGAGGAUACAUGGUGUGGUCCACCACCAGUGGCAGCUCAAUAACCUAUCAGCCUGCAACUUCUAUCAUACCAUACGGUCCCUUUCCUUGCAAAGCAAUCAACAAAAUUCUUUGGAGGACCUCUUCAGCUGGAAGCCCAUUUGUCCUAUUCAGUGGUGGUAUGCCCAGAGCCAGCUAUGGGGACAGGCACUGUGUUACUGUCUUGCAAGAGAAGACACAGGUGACCCUGGACUUCACAUCUCGUGUCAUCGACUUCUUUACAGUUCAUAGCACAGCAGCUGAAGAUGAGUUUGAUGACCCAAGUGCCCUUGUGGUUCUUCUUGAGGAGGAGCUGGUGGCAAUAGACCUUCAGACAACUGGGUGGCCCACUAUCCCCUCACCCUACCUUGCCCCUCUCCAUUCAUCUGCCAUCACCUGCUCAUAUCACAUCUCAAAUGUACCUGCCAAGCUUUGGGAAAGAAUCAUCGGUGCCGGAGAGGUUCAGAACCCACAGCAAGCCCACAUGAAAUGGCCAGUGAAUGGUGGGAAAAGUUUAGCUCCAGAGCCAAUCCAGAAGGGUCUCCUUUUAACUGGGCAUGAAGACGGCACUGUUAGAUUCUGGGAUGCAUCUGGUGUUUCCUUGAAACCCCUUUAUAAGCUUAACACAGCCAGCAUAUUCCAUACAGACUGCGAGCAUAAUGACAGCUUGACACAGCCUGGUGAGGAAGAGUGGCCUCCAUUUCGAAAGGUUGGCUGUUUUGAUCCAUACAGUGAUGAUCCCCGUUUGGGAAUACAGAAGAUCUCAUUAUGUAAAUACAGUGGCAAGCUAGUGGUAGCUGGCACAGCUGGACAGGUGUUGCUUAUGGAGCUGAAUGAUGACAAAUCAGAACACAUGAUCAAUAUUUCCACAGUGGACCUUCUGCAGGAUCGGGAAGGCUUCACCUGGAAAGGGCAUGAUCGACUUGCGCCCAAAAGCAACCCAGUGUGUUUCCAACCUGGCUUUCAGCCCAGCAUUCUGGUGCAGUGUAUGCCUCCUGCAGCCGUAACUGCAGUUACUCUGAAUGCUGAGUGGAACCUAAUUGCCUUUGGAACCAGUCAUGGCUUUGGUUUGUUUGAUUACCUCCGACGCAGCCCAGUGCUUGCCAGGUGUACUCUCCACCCCAAUGAUUCCUUGGCUAUGGAAGGCCCUCUGUCUCGGGUCAAGUCCUUGAAGAAAUCCCUGCGCCAGUCAUUUAGGCGAAUCCGUAAAAGCAGAGUGUCUGGAAAGAAGCGAGUGGCCAUCAACAGCCCAACUAGCAAAGUGCAGGAAGCUAAUGCACAUCUGGCAGAGCAGGCUGGACCCCAUGAUGUUGAGGUGGCACCAGUCCAGCGGCGAAUAGAGCCCCGUUCAGCAGACGAUUCUCUCUCCGGUGUGGUGCGCUGCCUAUGCUUUGCGGACACGUACCUGCGAGACAGCGUGCACCAUGGACCUACAAUGUGGGCUGGCACAAAUUCUGGAUCAGUGUAUGCCUAUGCAUUGGAGGUACCAUCACAGGAAAAAUUCUCUGAGCACUCUGUGGAAGCUGUACUAGGCAAGGAGAUUCAGUUGAUGCACAGGGCACCAGUAGUUUCCAUCGCUGUGUUGGAUGGCAGGGGUAACCCACUGCCUGAGCCCUACGAGGUGUCCCGGGACCUGGCCAAAGCACCAGACAUGCAAGGCAGCCAUUCUGUUCUCAUUGCAUCUGAAGAGCAGUUUAAGGUGUUUAUGCUUCCUAAAGUCAGUGCAAAGACCAAAUUUAAAUUGACGGCACAUGAAGGGUGCAGAGUCCGUAAAGUAGCCCUAGUUAAUUUUGUUAGUGCAUCUGCUGAAGAGUACACAGAGAACUGCCUUGUGUGCCUGACCAACUUGGGAGACAUACACAUCUUCACAAUACCUGGGCUGCGGCCACAAGUUCGCUAUGACUGCAUCCGCAAAGAGGACAUCAGUGGCAUUGCAUCGUGUGUGUUCACGAAAGCUGGCCAAGGCUUCUACUUAAUAUCCCCAUCAGAGUUUGAACGUUUCUCCCUGUCUGCUCGCUUUAUCACAGAGCCAGUGUGUGCUGUUGAGACUGACAGGUCACAUGACUGCACACAGCUAAGCACCCCUAACUCAAUUCAGGCAAAUGGAACUCAUAAACUACUACCAUCAAGUGAAAGAAGCUCCUUAGGAGAAGCACAAGGAGCACUAGAAGAUGUGCAGACUGCGCUGUCCUCAUCAGGCCUCGACUCUCCCAACAGCAGCGCCGACAUCACUCUGGACACCACAGGGGAUAUCACAAUGGAAGACGUCAAAGACUACUUAGUGUCUACAGAUGAAGCAGAAAGAAAUCUUAAGAACAUGACAGAAGAGGAUGCGCGGACACCAGGAAUUCUUAUCAAUUGAAGAGCUGUUGACCAAGUCGGGACAUUGAGAGCGGACGGAUGUGCUGGGUGGGCAGAAGACCGUGGCAGACUUGAAACUUUACACAUAUAGGAGCCGUGUGCCUACUUGGGCUGCUUCCUGCUCGAAGACUCCCCCCUGGUGCCCCCUUGUGGCCUUCAGUCUCCUCCUUCUGUCCUCUUCCCCAGUGUUUGUAGGAGACAUCCUGUGAAGCACAAGGUGCCAAACUCAUUUUAAACAUGAUUGUUUUUAAAUUUGUAUUUCAAAAAAGAAACUGAGCCUCCAAUGCAGAUGUGGUGGGCCAAAUGGAAUUUUGACUGCCAAGUGCCACCACCACCACCACACCCCCCCCAAUUCUGCCAACUGCCAGUAGAUGAAUGGGUGUGCGCUGCUUCUGCCCUUCCUUGUACCCAACAUUCCUUUCAUUCACUUGUUUUUGGAGGUCCUCUGCCAGAUCACCUAGUUGUGACUCGUUUAUGCCACUCUGACUGCCACCAGCGGGACUGCCUGUGUCUGCAGUGCCAAGGGGGGUCUCACCUCUUGCUGUCCACCCCAGAUGAUUAAGUUCAUUCAGAAGUUUCCUCCCUGUGCACCCAGAGAAGGCUGAUGGGGAGCUUUUUAAAAUGUGAAUCUGUUUGUUUUUUUGUUUAAUGUAUUAAGGUGGCUGUGAUUGUGCAGCUUAAAGAUGGUGGGUGGUGUUUCAUUGUCACUUUUACGACGCAGUUGCGAGUGACUCACAGUAUUAACAUGACGUGAAGGCGUCGCGCACGCGCGGUUUACACAUACGCUGUCGGUUUGCCUUUUUUCUUUUUAAGAUUUCACUGUAUGUUCAUAUUGGUUUGGACUUCUUAAAUGCAUUUGUUGGUGGAAACUGUAGAAUUCGAGCCCAAAGGUCAGGGCCAUCUUUGGACACGAGAUCCCCAAAGCCAGACGGCACGGAGAGGAUGUGGGCGGAAAGGUGGAAUAAAAAUAAUGGCCGAGGAGUGGAGCACUUGGCUGGCACACACACGCCAGGGGUCUGCCAAGAGCCGACAACGCUUGCUUUUCUUUUUGUUUUUUUUUUAUCGAUUCUGCAUCCCUAAAUGGAAGUGAAAAGGGACAAGUAUGUGGUUAUGGCACCUGAAUUACAUAAAGAUGUAUGAAUUAUUAACUUUUUACUGUGUAAAACUUGUUAGUUAUAACGAGCUCCAGGCGCCAGCGCUGUUUCUAACGUGACCUGCUCAGCAAAGACCCCCUUUGCUCUGUUUUCUGAAGGGAUUGUCGGUUUCUGUUCUUAGAAACGCGGACUCCCAUCAGCUGUGGUGUUCUUUAUUUAAUAAAUCCCGGUUCUUUUACGUUCUUUUUAAAGUGGCACCUUUGCCGUGACGCCUGCUCUCAGGUUUUUAUUGGUUGGUAGAUUGUUUUUCUUACUAGACUGUACCCGUCACGUACUUACGUUAAAGAAGGUAGAAUUGUUAUAUUGUUGAAAAUAUUGGGUUUAAUAUUAAUAAAGCAUUUAAUGCCUCCUAACGGUC